AUUUAUUUGCCCAUGGGAAUGUCGGCAUAUUUCGGGAGAACGUCAACGCUUGGCAUCGUGAAUAUAUCUUAAAUCCGCGAAGGAUCCAAGCUAUUUUUGUCGAAGCCUGGUCGUUGGUUUUGGUGUUGUCACCGUUUGUUCGCCGUUGUUUGUUUUUGGAGACAAAAGCCUUGAAGCCUUAUGCUGUAUCUUUCCAACAGUGCCACCACAUCCCACCAUAAGAGACUCCACCGUACGGUAUCUCUUGUCUUACUACUAGUAGUAGACAUACCAUUGUAUUGAGAUCAGCAUAGAGGUACGCUACCUAGCUAGCCCCCAUCCUCGCGUUAGUUGGCUACCGUAUCAUGCACCAUUACUCUCGACGAUAAAAUAAGAUGGCGACACUAUUGAAUGAACUUUCCGAAACUCCGUCGGCCAGUACUGGCAUGUCUCCCAUUAGCUCUGUAGAAGAAGACGAUGUGUCGAGCUGCAGCAGUCAUCUCCUCGAUGGUGAAGGACCCAGUCUUUCGGCGGCCACUGCCUUGGCGGGUAUCUAUUGCCAUUUGUUGUCUCUGCAGACACCAAAUCCAAAUCCAGAACAACAAGAGCAAAAAGAAGAAGAAACCAAAGAACAACAAGACGACGAUCUUCGACACGUGUUUCAAGAAGCCGAUAUCGACCAAGUGGCUCAACAGCUCAAGCAAGUCAUGCGAGAAUUUCGUGGCAUGUCCGUGGGAGACUUGAAACUGAAGGUAUGCAAGGUUACCAACAACACCAACAACCAAGAACAACAACAACAACAAGCAUCGGUAUUGCAACAACUAGGAGGAGGAGAUUGUAGUCUGCAUCAGAAACGCUUUCCGAACCUCCUGUUGGGUGAUACUAGCAAACACAGUCAAACCAAUAGUUGCAAGAAGACUCUUUCCAUGGACUCCUCCUCCUCCUCCCAAGUUCCUACCGGUAUUCCCAAACUAUUCGGUGUUCCCAGUCCAACACCCUGGAGGACCGCGACCUUGAAGUUACCGUCCAAAGAACAGGCCGAUCUCCACCAGGCACAUCAUCAGCCGACACCACCACAAGUCCUCCUCCUCCUCCAACAAGAGAAACAGCAACUCCAACAAGAGAAACAGCAACUCCAACAAGAAAAGCAGCAACUCGAGGAACAACUACAACAAGCCAAUCAACAGUUGGUCGCGGCGGAUCAGGCGCUCAAAGACCUGGAAAUCAAACAUCAGCAACACAAAGAAGGAAAGCGC